AUGCUCAGGAUGACACGGACAAGUGCAGCAUUUAGUAUUUUACUCUUUUUACUUCAUACUGCUUCUGGAGAGAGUUGUUGUACCUCGGCAGAUGGGGAUGGGACCUUUGGAGAUGACGAACUAGACAACCCUGAGAUUGAUUGUUUCAGCCAGCUGGAAAUUGUCUCUUCCCUUCAUGCCUUAAUUUGCAGCUUUUCAGAGCCAAGUCUUAAUAACACUAACUUUCAAAUUGUUUCAUGUGUCAGUGAAGAAAGAAUAGAGAAGUGUUCACAAAUGAAGAAGCAGGAAAGCACAUAUUCUUUGGAGUUUUCCCAAAUCCUCCUGCCUAGACGUGUUUGUGUCAUCCUCGAGUCAAAAAGAAAGUACUGCAGUAGUCUGAAAGUAAUCAGUAUUGUAAAACCUGAGAAACCAUUUAAUGUAACAAUCACAUUCCAAGAGGCUGCAAAUGAGUAUCUUAUUCAAUAUAAGACUCCACAUUCAACAAAGAGAUAUCUAAGUGGUAAAUUAAUACACCAAAUAUCCUAUCGGUGGCAAAAAGGGAGUUGGAGUACCAUAGAGUCUCAGUAUCUUCAGAUAAAAUUACUGGGGAGAAACCUUGAAAUGGGUGCAGUGUAUGAACUGAAAGUGCGCUCAAAGCCCAAUGGAAAUUUUUUCAAUGGCACAUGGAGUGACUGGAGCACCUCUGAAUUCUUCACCACGGAGAUGAAACCUCCCCUGGAGAAAAACAGCGACAUGAUAAUGGUUACCCUGUGCACUGUGGGCUUCAUCUUUUCAGUCAUUGUGAUUGUUCUGAUCCUAACAUUUUGGAAAAACAGAAUCAAGCCCCUUGUAUGGCCAAAUCUUCCCGACCACAAGAAAACCUUGGAACAGCUGUGCAAAAAGCCAAAAAAUCAAUUUGAUACCAGCUUUAACCCUGAAAGUUUUGGAUAUGUCCAUAUCCAUAAAGUUGACGACAUUCAAGCCAAAACAGAAACAGAAUGUUUCCUGCAGCCAUCAACUCCUCCAGAAGCAGAUGUUUCUGAAAAGGUUAAGAGUGGAUCAGAGCUGAAGAGCAGCCCCAUUGGAACAGGUACAUGUAACCUAAAGCUGCUGUUCACUUAUGGAGGAAUCUGGCCACCUGAUGCUUUGAAUGGGUGCUCAUGUCCAACUCUGCUUCCCAAUGGUGUUGGAUUCAGCAAUGCCAUCACAUAUCCAGAGGGCAGCAGCUCGGGCAAGCAAUGGCGUAAUGAUGAUGUCAGGACCCACUCCAGUUCUGCAAUGGAUGCCAUUGCUCAGCACAGGUCAGGACACCUAAAUAUGAGCAUAGCAUCCCAGACACAGCCCAAUAAUGAAAUUAGGUCAUCAAAUAAAGAAGAAGCCUAUGUCACAAUGUCCAGCUUCUACAAAAAUCAGUAAACCAUGAAAAAUAUAGCAACAUAAGAUAUGAUGUCAUACAGCAGACUAAGGAACCUUUUUGUUUGGGUCUCCUACCUCUGGAUGAUUGUCUCAGUAAACAACAAAACUCAAUAAUGCACCCAUCUUGUGCAAUGCUAGACUCAUUAGACAGUGGACAUUUUUAGGAGUCCAUGAUUAAUUAAUGUCUCAAUCAAACCAUUGAUGAUCUGUAGUAAAUCUAUUGUAGCAAAAA